CACACUCGUGCAUUGUUGCCGGAGAUCCAAGAGAAAAGUCUAUUGUUGUUGCAAAGUUUUAAUCUGAGGCUUUAACGCACAUCACAUGCCCAGACUGAGUAAGCGCUCGCAGUGGACUCUGGUACAACACAAAACUACUGAAAAACUCCAGUGCCGGACAGGAAACGUCCCUAUCCGCCGCCUGGAACACUAAAACAAUGCUAUACGUCGGAAUGGCAGCCAGAGUUUGUGCGUAAAAGCGAGUGAAGUUACCGCGCCACCAAUUUUGUAACCCAGCGCUCGUAUAAGAAUAACAUGGCGAACUACAGUCAACGCUCUUUAAUAGUUUUGUGCCUACUGGGAGUUUUAUCUGCAAUCAUGUCCGUUCUGUCUGUGAUUUUAAUCUUCCAGCUUCAGUCCCAACAGGCGGCGGUGAAGGACUCUAACCCGCCAAGCUCGCCCCUUCUCUCCGCUGGCGUGUGGGCCGUGCUUCUGCCCGUGUCCACGGUGCUUGCAGCUCUAUGCCUCACUCUAAACCUGAGCUCCGUAGUUGUGUGCCUGCUCCACGGAUACUUUUCUACGGAGAUGUGUAGAGGGGAAAAGGACACAGAGAGAGCAGACUGGUUCCUCCUGGACAGCAGGGCAAUACGACAUGUGGCAAUUGGGCUGUUCUGCAUGGGAGUCUCUGUUUACUUGGCAGCCAUGUGCAUCUUUAUGCUGUUAAUAUUUGAAGUGGAGACUGGCAUUGCAAGUGCCUGUGUGCUUUCCUCUGGCAUAUUAAUCAUGCUGAUAAUAGUUAUUCAUGCCCUGGUCAAAGCUUCCCACAGUGCCAAAAAAUUUCAUACUGACCACAUUGGUGCUUUAUAUCAAAACGACCAUAUUAACAGCAAUGCACCCCUCUCUCGACCAUGUGAGCUCAAAAUUGGCAUGGACAAACCACGAAUGCACCGCACGCAGUCUUAUCUUGUGCAUAACAUGGUGUAUCCCCCUUGUGGCAACCCAAACCCAAUAGAACACCCUCAGUAUUCCCCAAAUGAAGCACCCCAUGACCGGGGCAGUCCUAAAGAUGACUAUAGCAGUGGAAGAAGUAGUUCAAGGAUGCACAGGACGAUAUCAAGUGACUCGGCCUUACUGCAAGCUCAGGUAAAGCCUUGGAAUGGAGUAAACAAUGAGAUGAGGAGUGUACUUGCACGAAAGUCUGGGAUCUCUGCCAAAGACUCUACUCUUGUGUGAAGCUUGGAACAGUUGUUGGUCUGUAUGCACUGCCUGGGUGCUUUUCCACAAUGUGAAG